UCACAAAUACACGUUAAGAACGCGUGAGAGUAAAUUAGCUAGCGUUAGCAACCCAGCUAGCUAAACGGGCGCCCUUAUUUUUCACUUUUUUGAUUUUGUUUUAAAUAAUUUUAAGCAGCCGAGUGGUUAUGCAGAUAUAUUUGUUCCUUUGAUGGCCCCUAGAUUUAUAUGUCCGUUCAGAUUGGCCUUUGUGGUCUGUUUGCUAGUUCAUAGGUAACGUUUAACCGAUGCAUGAAGGAUCCUUAAUCAUGAUCAAUAAUGCCAAAUGUAUAGCAAAUCCUAUAGCUGACAUCUUUUUUCAUCACGGUGUGGAAGACGGAAUGACGAUCUAUUGCCUGUAUUCGAGGGCUUUUGUCAAUGAUCGAGAAUUGUAUCGUUCUGAUUAUAAAUCUCUGCAGUGUCUGCCUGACAACGGAUUAGAAGUCGCUUUGGAAGAUGAGGAUGAGGAUGAGGAUGAAAGACCUUCAUGUUCUGAGGGUGAGGAAGAAAAGGCGAUGGAUGAAGAAACCCUGCUCAUGGCCAACAUGGGUCUACCGGUUGCGUUUAUGAGCUCGUCAGCUCAGAGGAGAGCAGUCAAGAAGGAACACACUCCACACAGUGUGAAGAAAAAGAGCCACUGCAGGACACUGUCCGACCGCGAGCCCGCACUGCUGGACCCAUCACCGGAGACGGCGGACGUGGAGAUCUGUAACGAGGAUGAACAGGAGGGAGACGAGCGUGCUGUUCCGGAGGAGAGUCCAGCCGAGGCGGAGUCCGGAGCCUCCCAUCCGGCCUGGCCGCAGUACUGGCAGCUGCAUGGAGAAGGCCUGCUGUGGGGCGGCUGGGUGGAGAAACACCCGGAGUUCGCUGGUACGGCCCCUCAGGCUCCCUGGGACUCCCCGGACUGGAAGGAGGCCUGGGAAGAGCACUCCAGCCAGGCCUGCCUGUAUUACUGGGAGCAGUUCCACUACUGGGUUUCCCAAGGCUGGACUGUGGACAAGUCCUGUGACGGGGAUGAACAGCUCGGCGAGGACGAACGGGCGGCGGAGAGGCUGCAGUCACCGUCUUCCUGUGACGAGAACUCGGGGACAGUAGAGGAGCACCUGCGUACAAACCCAGAGGACAUGACACAACUUCUGGGCUGCCUGAACUUGGCUGGAGGUAAUGACAGCAAGGGGCCCUUGAGCUGCAGUUACGCGGGUGAGCCCAGUGAUGGUGGUGACCGGGAAAAAAGGCCGUCAACUCCUGGCACCGUCUGCCCUGACAAGGCAACAGGGCAAUCUCACCCCAGCUCUGCGACAAACCCAGGCGGCCGGCCUGCAAAGGGCACCGGCACUGAUGAUGAUGAUGAGGGCGAUGGCGAAGAACCCCCAGAGAGAAAGCCAGCCAAAACGAGAAGAAGCCAUGAGCUGGACAUCGAGGAGCUUGCGCAGAUGCCUCCUGAGGAGGUGUGGGAGACUCUGGGUCUCAAGCGUGGCCCCCAACUCAAGUUCACGAGUGUGCUAAAGUUCCGGCGAUCUCACGGCCCACUCCCGCGGAGGCGGGCAGGACAAAAGGCAGCCCGCAGGGUCAACACGCACGUGUUCUUCAGCGAGGACGGCAAGGACGGCGAGACCAACGUGGCGGAGAUGAGCCCGACCCUCCAGAAAGUGCAACAUUUUCUGCAGAGAGUCCAAACGGAGAGUGACUCAGAGAAGGCAGCAGUAUUAGACAGCCUGUCCUCCCUGCACGGGGGAGGCGCAGGGGCUGGACGGAGUACUCCCAGCCCGCAGGAGAGCAAAGAGGAGGAGGAGUUUGUAAAGUCGCCUCCCCCUCGUUCCGGCCAUUCAGGGCACGUGGAUCGGCCACUACCCGCAACCUGGCUGCAGCCAGAACCACAAGCGGACCCAGAGCCAGUGCGGGAAGGAUCUAACCGCAGGAGGGAGCCGCCGGCCUUGGAUAUACCGGACUACCUCCUCCCUGACCCCACAGAGGAUGGAGAUGGAGCGGGGAGCGAGCGGGCCUCGAAGAAGAAGAAGAAGAUGAUGAAGAGGAAGCGUGCUGCUGGGAGGAGGAGCAGGGAGGUGGCCCCGCCUCCUGAGAUCGCCGCCGAGCCAGAGCUGGCCAAGUACUGGGCGCAGCGGUACCGCCUCUUCUCCCGCUUCGACGAGGGCGUGAGACUGGACCACGAGGGCUGGUUUUCCGUCACUCCGGAGAAGAUAGCCGAGCACAUCGCCCAGAGGGUGCAGGCAGCCUCAGACUCGCGGCUCAUCGUAGACGCCUUCUGCGGCGUGGGGGGAAACGCCAUCCAGUUCGCCCUCACUGGCAAGAGAGUGCUAGCCAUUGACAUCGACCCAGUUCGCCUGGCGCUGGCCCAGCACAAUGCUGAGGUGUACGGCGUGGCCCAGCACAUCGACUUCAUCCAGGGGGACUUCCUGCAGCUAGCCCCACGGCUGCGUGCUGACGUGGUCUUCCUUAGCCCUCCGUGGGGAGGGCCGGAAUACCUCAGCGCCGACGUCUUCGACAUCAAGACCAUGAUGAGUCCCGAUGGAUUUGAAAUUUUCAGGCUGUCCAAAAUGAUUUCCGAUAACAUAGUGUAUUUCCUCCCUCGGAAUGCUGAUAUGGAUCAGAUUGCUUCGCUUGCUGGGCCUGGUGGGAAAGUAGAAGCGGAGCAGAACUUUCUGAAUAACAAGCUGAAAACCAUAACGGCUUACUUUGGCAGUUUGAUAAAGACAGAUUCUUAGUUAGCCUUGUUGGUGCACUCCAGAUCAGAUUUCUGAUCGUGUUUAUCUGUCAUUUCUUAUUGUACUGUUCUGUACAAUCUGCAAGUCUGUUGUACUGGCUAGUGUUUAUUCUUUUACAGUUAAUGUUUAUUUUAGAAAUGAUACCUGUUUGUAAAUCUUUUUUAUUAUUAAAGUUGGUCAUGUAAUCCUU